AUGAAAUCUUUUUUAUUUUUUAUUGGUUUGUCAAUUGUAACAAUAUCUCAAGGAUUAGUACUUCCAAAAACUUAUGCUGAUAGAAAAGUUUGCCCUUUUCCAAAUGGAACUGAAUCUUCAAUUCAUGUUUUUAAUUGUGAUAAUGGAAAUAUGCCUAUGACUGUAAAAAAAGCUCAAAUUACUGAUGAUAAAGGAAAUGCUAUUUAUCCAAUUGAUCCACGUAAAGAUAUUAUUAUUGCUUUAACUGCUAUCAACAAUGGUCUUGUAUAUAAUGAUAAUCGUGUUCGAGUAAAAAUUUCCGAAUUUACAACAAACUGGCUUACAGGAAAAUGUGAUUGGAUUGAGAUUCCAACAUUUGGUCUUUUAAAUGAUAUUGAUGGAUGUUCAUAUGCUCAUAAUUGUCCUUUAGCAAAAGGAGAUCUUACACUUAAACUUCCAAUAAAUCUUUCAAAAUUUAGUGGUAUAAUAAAUGCCAUUGCUGGACAAAAUCCAUAUCAAAUUGAAAUUAGGAUGCAAGAUUAUAAUGAAGGUGAUACAACUCAUGAAGAAUUUAGUUGUGUUGUUACACAAUUAAGGUUUAGUGAAAAAAAUUAA